CCUGCUCCUCGGGGCCAGAGUUGGGUCCGUGUACAAAUGAGGAAACUGAGGCUCCUGAGGGCUUAGGUCUGUGGACACGCGUGCCCUCCUACGGCUCCUGUCGCAUCUUCCCGCCCCACUUGGGGGAACCGCAAGGCCCCCUGGGAGUUGAAGCCCUCGGGUUGCUAUGGCGCCGGGGGUCCGGCGGGCGCCGGGCCGACUCGGCGGUUUGGCCAGAGGGAGGCGCUUUCCGGAGGCCCCGCCCUCGGUCCCGCCCCCGCCAUGCGGCCCGCCCCGACUGCGCUCUGGCUGCGCCUGGCCUGGGCUCUGGCCCUGAGCCUGGGCUUGGUCCGCCCCCUGGCUGUGGCCUGGGCCACGACCCCAGCCCCCAUCUACGUCGGCAGCUGGGCGGUGCGGGUGACACAGGGUUACCGGGAGGUCGAGCGCCUGGCACGCAAAUUCGGCUUCGUCAACCUGGGGCAGAUCUUCCCUGAGGGGCAGUACUUCCACCUGCGACACCGGGGUGUGGCCCAGCAGUCCCUGACUCCUCACUGGGGCCACCGCCUCCGCCUGAAGAAAGACCCCAAGGUGCAGUGGUUCGAGCAGCAGACGCUGCAGCGGCGAUUUAAGCGCUCCUUUGCGGAGCCCAGUGACCCCUGGUUCUCCAAGCAGUGGUACAUGAAUAACAAGGUGCAGCCAGACCUGAACAUCCUGCAGGUCUGGAGCCAGGGCCUGACUGGCCAGGGGGUCGUGGUCUCCAUCCUGGACGAUGGCAUCGAGAAGGACCACCCAGAUCUCUGGGCCAAUUAUGACCCCCUGGCCAGCUACGACUUCAACGACUACGACCCGGAUCCUCAGCCUCGCUACACUCCCAGUGAUGAGAACCGGCAUGGGACGCGCUGUGCUGGGGAGGUGGCCGCAAUAGCAAACAACCACUUCUGCGGGGCGGGUGUGGCCUUCAAUGCCCGGAUUGGAGGCGUGCGCAUGCUGGACGGCACCAUCACGGACGUCGUGGAGGCCCGGUCCCUGAGCCUGCAGCCUCAGCACAUCCACAUCUACAGCGCCAGCUGGGGCCCCGAGGACGACGGCCGCACCGUGGACGGCCCAGGCAUCCUCACUAGGGAGGCCUUCCGCCUGGGGGUCACCAAGGGCCGCGGCGGGCUGGGCACGCUCUUCGUCUGGGCCUCGGGGAACGGCGGCCUGCACUACGACAACUGCAACUGCGACGGCUACACCAACAGCAUCCACACGCUGUCCGUGGGCAGCACCACCCGGCAGGGCCGCGUGCCUUGGUACAGCGAGGCCUGCGCCUCCACGCUCACCACCACCUACAGCAGCGGGGUGGUCACCGACCCCCAGAUCGUCACCACGGAUCUGCACCACCAGUGCACAGACAGGCACACUGGCACCUCAGCCUCUGCCCCGCUGGCCGCAGGCAUGAUCGCCCUGGCUCUGGAGGCCAACCCAUUUCUGACCUGGAGGGACAUGCAGCACCUGGUGGUCCGAGCGUCCAGACCAGCGCAGCUGCAGGCCGAAGACUGGAGGAUCAAUGGUGUGGGGCGCCAAGUGAGCCACCACUACGGCUACGGGCUGCUGGAUGCCGGGCUGCUGGUGGACAUGGCUCGCACCUGGCUGCCCACACAGCCCCAGAAGAAAUGUGCCAUCCUGGUUGUGCAUGUCCCCACCCCCAUCCUGCCUCGGAUGCACGUGAAGAAGGAAGUGUCUGCCUGUGCCGGCCAUCACAACUACAUCCGCUCCCUGGAGCACGUGCAAGUGCAGCUGUCCCUGUCCUAUAGCCGCCGCGGGGACCUGGAGAUCUCCCUGACCAGCCCCAUGGGUACCCGCUCCACACUCGUGGCCAUCAGGCCCUUGGAUGUCAGCCGCCAAGGCUACAACAACUGGAUCUUCAUGUCCACCCACUUCUGGGACGAGGACCCUCAGGGCUUGUGGACCCUGGGCCUGGAGAACAAGGGCUACUAUUUCAACACUGGAAUGCUGUACCGCUACACGCUGCUGCUCUACGGGACAGCCGAGGACAUGAUGGAGCGGCCCUCAGACCCCCAGGUGACCAGCAGCGCGUGUGUGCAGCGGGACACGGAGGGGCUGUGCCAGGCAGAAUGUGACGGCCCUGCCUACAUCCUGGGCCACCUCUGCCUCCCCCACUGCCCGCCCAGGUACUUCAACAGCACCCAGCAGGCGGUGACCGCGGGGCCUGCCCUCCGCGUGUGCGGCCGCUGCCACGCCUCCUGCUACACCUGCCGAGGCAGCUCUGCACACGACUGCACCACCUGCCCCCCGCCCCGCACGCUGGACGAGCACCAGGGCUCCUGCUCAGGGACGCCAUCCCCAGUGGCCACCAGCAGCCCGUGGCCACCGCCUGCUCCGGCUGUUGCUGCUGCUGCCAGGCCCGAGCCUUGGUGUUGGUCCUGUUGACCGUGGCCCUGAGCGUCUCCUCCUCUGCAGCACCAAGGGCUGCCCACUGUGGGCCGGGCUCCCGAUGACCGGCCUCGCCAGCCACCACCCCAGCGCCAGCUGCUGCUGGAACCUGGGACAUCUGACUUGGAGCACGGAAAGCCACCUCCGCCUGGGCCCAAAUGGGCACGGCUGCCCUGCCCCAGAGAGCCUUGGCUGGCCACCCGCAGCCACAGGCCGGGGCAUGGGCUGCGUGGAACCUCGUGGCCUGGACCGAGCAGCCCCGCGCGAAAGAGAGAGAGAAGUCUUGGCACAGAUGUGGGGUGGGGUGGGGUGAGCAGAGUCAGACCACAGCCACCAGUGCCCUGCUGCCCCGUCCAGGCAGUCUUGAGCACCAGGUUCAGCCUCCUGAGUUUGCAAAUAAAGGUUGAGUCAAGGUGCCAGGCCUGUGGCGUCCUUCGGGGCGGGGCGGGCCUAACACGCACCUGCCAGUCUCAGGCUGGGGUCCUCCCCAGCCCUGCUCUGCACUGGGAAACUGCCUUCCUUGGACAUCAGCCCUGGAGGAUCAGCAGACCACACAAGAAGAGUCCGGCCCCAGCCCAGAGACCUCAGACCUGGGGGGACGCAGGGGAGGGAUUCAAGCUCGGAACUAGGCCACUCUCCCAACCCUCCCUCACUGCCACACUGGAGCACCCAUGCCGCUGGGCAACAGACCAACAGGUGUGCGCCUCCGCCCCAGCAUCUCAGUCCCAGGGCAGACGCGAGAACCCAACAACGCUGGCACGGAAGCCUCUCAGGCUCUCAACAGCACUGUUCCCAGCAGCCAGAAGUGGAACAGCUCUGCCGUGGGUUGAUGGACAAGCACAGGUCCAUCUACCUGGAGCGUCCCUCAGCCAGGGCUCAGCCAGGGCAGGAGCGAGGUGACACAGCUGAGCGCGGAUGCUCAGUGGGAACCAGACACACAAGGCCACAGUGUGUGACCCAGUGACAGGGGGGUCCAGAGACCAGAUGUGAAUCAUGGGUCCCAGGGGCUAGGCCGCGGAGUGGGUGACUGCUCACAGGGACGGGCUUCCUUCUGAGGUGACAGAAUGUUCUGGAAGCAGACAGUGGUGGUGACUGCUGUGAAUUAAAAAAAAA